AGAAGCCUGCCACAACAAUUACCAUCUGACAUGUUAGUUACGCAGCAAAUGAAUCAGCCAAGCGGAACAGAAGGAAUCAUGGAAACUACCCCUAAUUCAUAGCAACCCCAGCAUAAAGGGGAGACGAGCCGUCGUUUGUUUGGCACCAUUCGGCAGUCCAGCGUGAUUCCCCCUUGCCAGUCAUUUACCGUGGUUAGACUUUUUGCAUUUGGCACGAUGACAAGCAGCAAAAAGGAUGCCGGGUGCCGAAAUGCUAAGGAGAAGCUAGCCAAGCUGAGGACCGAGGAGUCGGUGAUCAUGAGGAGCUGCAGGUCUUCGAUAAACGCGAUCAGAAUGUGCGACCAGCGAUUGGCCAACGAUAUCAACAUCGUCACGAGAGAGCUCGAGGAGACUAGAAAGCAUGAAAAGAUGAAAAUCAACCAGGAUAUUUCCGACAUAUUUGAAGAGCUGGUUGCAGUGCAAAACGUAAUAAAAAAGGACGAAAGCUUACUUGAUUUCAAUCCUAAAUCUUGUAAAGAGAAGCUAAUGCAGCUACAGAGUAGAAUUCUUCAAACACGAGACUACCUGGAGAAGGAGAUUUUCAUUCUGAAGAAUGAAGAGAAAACGUUAUACGACGAGGUCUGUUUGGCGCAGCAGCGAAUAGAAGACUACUCAAAAUACGAUUUAUUACCCACAAGUCAUUACAAAUUUGUGAACGCCAAAGUCACUAAGCAGAUCAAAAAUUUCAACACCACUAAAGAUGAGGAUAUUCAAAAUUAUGAGAAAUUUGUGGAAAUUCAUGGACACUGCGGAGGCUGGGACGAGCAGGACCAUUUGCUGUUCCUCAGGGCAAGAAAAAAGUUGACAAAGCAAAAGGACCACGAGAAACUUUAUUCAAUGCUGACGGCUCAGUUGCCUGAUUUGACGUCGAAGAAAAUCAUGCAGCAUGUGCAAUGGUUCGAAGAAUACGAGACAUUAAGAGAGAAAAACAAGCUUGCGAUUCAAAGGUGGAAAGAGUCCAAGUUGAAAGAAAAGGAAAGGCGACGAUCAAGCGAGAGGAAGGGUUCAAUUGGCUCGUUGGACACUAAUGUCGAAAACGAGCUGAGGAAACAGGAAAUCGCUUCGUGGAAGAAGAAAAAAGAGCAAGAGAAGGAGGAACAGGAGAAGAGGCUGCAAGAAAAGAAGGAAGCCGAGCGGCUGCAGGAAAAAUUGAAGAGGAACAAACACGAAAAGGCGAGAGAAAAGAUCGAGAUUAUGAAGCAGGAGAGGCAGAGGUGCGAGGAAAGCGCCAAAGCAGAGCAGAAACUGUUGGAGGCAGAGAUCAGGAGGGAAAGGGCGGAAGAAGCUAGAAAAAUGAUAAGAACCUACAGGAAAAUGGACGAGAUGCACAUUGAAAAGCUCAAGUUGCUGCGACUGACAAGACAAGACAAACGUGAGCCGUUGCAGUUGCCAGCACCCCGCCUGUCCGCACCGCGCAACCCCGACCGACUGCUGCAGAUGACGCAAGUGUGGCGAGCCAAGUGCAAAAUCGACGAGAUGGAAAGCAGGGGCAAAUUUCCUCAACCAACUCUGCACGUCCGCAACAUUCCACAUUUGAAAGUUCCAGAGUGGAGGAGAGGAAUGAGUGUAACGUAGUUGUGAGUUUACCAAUUUUUUUGGCUUUUAUUUGAUACGGCGCGUAAAUCGCACAAAGCAGUUGAUGGGCCUACAACAUAGGGAUCUGCUUCUUUGUAGAAAAUUUGCCAGGAAGGCACUCGAUCUAAAACUUCGUUUCCUCAACACAAUAACAAUCAAACAAAACUCAACAAACGCUAGUUUGAUUUUCCUCUAUAUUUGAAAGAGAUAAAACAAUUAAAUAACUGAGCACAGCGUGAAUAUGAAAAGAGACAGGAGUCGGUUUCUUGACUGGCGAAAGGCUUUGAUGAAUGCAAUCACAAAAUGGCACUAAACUUUGCUUGCAAGUCUCGCGAAUGGAAAGUUUGUAGCAUGUAAUCAUAAAAUUUGGAAAGAUUAGGAGGGAACGUGACAGGUGGGAAGAGGCAACCGACGGCCGACUUAUCUGUUCACUGGACUUUGCUUUUUGCAGGAACGGACACGCGCGCCACCAGACCGUAGAAAAGGGAGAAGUUCUGCAAAGAGAGAAAAAUGAUAAGGAAAAGUGAAACAUUUCACGUUUAUUCAGCACUGACCUGUAUACAAAGAUAACUGAGGCCGAGGUAGGCGACAAUGGCGAACGUGAGGAAUAAGUCAAACACGGCCGGCUUGACACUGUAAACAUUCACAGUGGCUUUGGUCACGUCAUAAAAAGAAAA